AUGGCCUCCCACGGAGCUGCUGCGGUGCGGCACAACGUCGAGCAGAUCACACGUCUGGCCCAGGACUACCAAUAUAACCCAAUGGUACAAUUGAAAUACUGGUUGAGAACUGCUAGUACUCUAGUAAAAGAGGCUGCCAUCUACGAACGAGAAGGUUAUGAUGAACAGGCUUAUUUAUUACUUUUUCGCCAUGCCCAACUGGUUCUCGUGAAUUUGGUUAACCACCCAGGCGCGAACGACCCGAACAAUCGCCUGGGACUCGUCGCCGCAGAGAAACAGGUCAAGGUCAACCUGGAAAAGCUGGAGGCACUGAAACCUCGAAUCAACAAACGAUAUGAACAAUACAAGCAGUCAGUUCAAGAGAGUCAACAUAGAAAGGCAAAGACUUCUUACUUGCCGAAUGACCCGCUGACGGCUCGCAACCCGUCCUUCGCUGAUCCGGUUUUGUCUGAUGCAGCACAACCACUGGAAGCAGGAGAAAACAAAGAUCUAGCAGUGAAAAUCGCACAAAGGGAAAUCAGUCGUAGAGCUACGGUGAGACGAGAGAACAGAAAAGCUGCUAUUUCACCAGAAGAAGAGCGUGCAAGACGCACCGCAGGCGUCUGGGGAAACUGGGAGCAAGCUUUGGAGCAACAGCCUGAUGAUCUCAGUCGAGACCUCCGAGAAGUUAGGUCAUAUAUCGACGGAGAGAGGAACAAGAAAGAAGAUGGUUUACCCAACCAGCAUUCGACAUACUCAUAUCCAACAGUCCCUCAGCAAAGCCGCUUCGACGCUCCUGUUCCUACCAUCUCUACGCUGCCAUCCCAUCGGGAAGAAACCGAAUCGCUACCUGUGCGCCCAGCUAAGCAGUCUCUGACACCGCACACUCCUUAUGAACAACCUCCUCCCCUUCCGAAUAAAGUAUAUUCAGCUGCGCCGCCAGUGCCUCGCAAGGAUAACCUUGCUCUCACCGACUCGCAACCGAGUCAAUCGGACCUCAAUCCGUCUACUUUUACCUUCAAGCCAUCAGCUUAUCUCGAAAACGGAACCCCCCUGCGGACUGUCUUUCUACCUCCAACUCUGCGCCAUCAAUUUCUUGCACUUUCCAACUCCAAUACAAGGCGAAAUCUAGAGACGUGUGGAAUUUUGUGUGGGACUUUGAUCUCAAACGCCUUGUUCAUCUCUAAGCUACUCAUUCCGGAGCAGGAGUCAACGUCUGACACUUGUGAAACUGUAAAUGAAACGGCUAUCUUCGAAUACUGUGACGCCGAGGAUGUGAUGGUUCUUGGCUGGAUCCAUACGCACCCUUCCCAAACUUGCUUCAUGAGCUCGCGCGACUUACAUACUCACUGCGGUUACCAAGCCAUGCUGCCGGAAAGCAUCGCCAUCGUGUGCGCUCCGUCCAAGGAACCGAGCUGGGGAGUUUUCCGACUUACAGACCCCCCUGGACUGAAAUCGGUCCUCGGCUGUACCCAAACAGGACUUUUCCAUCCUCACGCCCAAUCGAAUCUAUACACUGAUGCCCUUCGACCGGGCCAUGUAUUUGAGGCACAGGGUCUGGAAUUUGACACUGUCGAUCUGCGCCCGCGUACUUGA